GAGUGUUAGCUUGCGGUGUUGCAGCAAUGGCGGUGACCACGCUGCAGUUCGCCGGCGCGUUCCUGCUGCCGCUGCUUGCCGUGGCUUCGUCGUUUGAUCCGUUCCACCGGGACGCCCAAAGGAUGGAUCCCAUGGGCGGCGGCCGGCAGCAGGGGCCCUUCAUCCCGCACGAGUACGUGCGCUUCGCCGACGUCAAGCGGCAGUGCCGGUCCGUGCUCUCCGCCGCCGCCGACCUCAAGUUCGACGCCAACCGCGCCGCCGCCCUCAUGCCGGAGCUGUCCUUUGUUAAGGGCGACUGGAAGCAGGACGUCGACGACGGCGCGCCGCUGAUGCCGUUCGACGGCACCGACGCGCCCGAGGGUGGCGCGGCAGGGGCGAUGGCUGACCCGCUGCCGCUCGCCACGUUCAUGCUCACGCACGUCGACGUGGCGCUCCGCGGGAAGACGGCGCUCAACGUCAGCGGCGUCCUCGGCGUCGCCGUCUCCCGCAACGGCACCGCCCCGGAGAUGGGCCCCUACGUGUCGCCGGAGCUCAAGGUGUGGCCCGGGAGCACCGAGAUGAAGAUACUCUUCGAGGGGGUGUACACCGAGACCGGCGACGGCGAGAGCGUGCUGUGCCUGGUCGGCGAGGCCGUGCUCCCGCGGCGCGGCAAAGACGCCGCCAACCCGUGGGACUGGGCCAAGAACACCGACCGCAACAACUUCCAGCCGCCAAUCACCCACGACAAGAACAUCCUGCUCGUGCUCCGGUACCCCACCACGCUGACGCUGACGACGCGCGCUGUGCGCGGCGAGCUCACGAGCACCAACGGCAAGUCGGACGCCGGCUACUUCGGCGCCGUCACGCUGCUGUCGCAGCUGGGCGCCUACUCCAACUACAAGUUCGGGUCGGAGGAGCUCGUGAGCACGGCGUGCAGCCCGCAGCCUUACCGCGACGACAUCCUCGGCGACGGCCGUGGGAUAUACAGAGGCGGCUCGCUGUGCGGCAUCCUCGACCUGUUCACGUCGGAGGACGUGUUCGCCGUCGUGCCCAACUGGAAAUGCAACUCGUCAGACGCUCUCUGCCGGCGGCUCGGGCCGUUCGAGACCGACAAGUCGGUAGACGCGACGGACGGCGGGUUCAAGGAUGUCAGUAUCGUCAUGCAGGACAUCCGUUGCGAGCCGAGUACCGUUCCUGGUGAGAGAUCGGCCAAGGUCUCGGCGGUGUUCCGGGCCGUUGCACCGUGGGAGCACCGGUACACGGCGGCGAAGAGGAGCGGGCUCAGCGGCAUGACGCUGGCCGCCGAGGGCGUGUGGCGCCCGUCCACGGGCCAGCUCUGCAUGGUGGGGUGCCUCGGCGUCGGCAAGAAGGCGUGCCACUCCCGCGUGUGCCUGUACGUGCAGACGACCUUCUCCGCCACCCGCCGGGGCAUCGCCGUCGGGCAAAUCACCCGCAUCGACGGCAAAGGCGGCGUCGCCCACUCGCCGCUGACGUUCAAACGGGCGGUGCACCCGUCGGAGCUGUGGAACCGGUUCGGCGUCUCGGGCGGCGCACCGAUGAGCAUGGCGUACGACUACACCAAGGCCAAGCAAGCCGGGGAGUUCCUCACGCGCAGCGAGCCGUUCAACUUCGGCACUGCCAUAGCCAAGUCUCUGCUGAGCUAUCCGCGUUUGGCGGGCGACCUCACCCGCGACCUGUCCAGCCUCGCCGACGAGCUCACCCUCCACGUGCCGGCCGUGCCCGACCCGUUCCCUCGCGAACGCUUCGAGCGGCCGUUCCUUCAGCUGGAGGUGCUCUCGCUCGGGCCGCUCGUCGGCCGGAAUUCGCCGGGGUUUCCAGGCGGCACGGAUGGACUUGGCAAAGAAUCCAAUCCCAAAGAGUCUCCCUCCUCGGAAAUGCAGGCGGCGAGGGCGACGACUCUCCUCAACGUGUCCGCGGAGCUGACGCUCUCCGGGAGCCCCUACCUGAACGUGUCGGCCCUGUUCCUGGAAGGCGUGUACAACCCGGUGGACGGGCGGAUGUACCUGAUCGGGUGCCGGAGCAUCUAUGCGCCGUGGCGAGCCUUCUCGGCCAUGGGAGCGCUGGAGGACGGCAUGGACUGCUCGAUCGAGAUGAGGGUGGACUACCCGCCGACGACGGCGCAGUGGCUGAUCAACCCCACCGCGAAGGUGCACAUCACCAGCACGCGCGACGCCGGCGACCCUCUGUGGUUCGACGCGACGUCGCUCCAGACGCUGCCGAUCAUGUACCGGGAGCAACGGCAGGACAUCCUGUCCCGGCGGAGCGUGGAGGGGAUCCUCCGCGUGGCGACGCUGGCGACGGCCAUCGCCGCCGAGUUCAGCCAGCUGAUGUACAUCAAGGCCAACACGGACGUGAUGCCGUACGUGUCCCUGGUGAUGCUGGGCGUGCAGGCGCUGGGGUACAGCAUGCCGCUCAUCACGGGCGCCGAGGCGCUGUUCGCCCGGAUCGCCGCCGCGGGGGGCUCCGUGGACGGCGUGGCGCCGCCGUCGUACGUGGUGGACAAGAGCCAGCUGUACUGGAUCAUCGACUGCGUCGUGAAGAUCCUCAUCCUCGCCGCGUUCCUCCUGACGCUGCGGCUGGCGCAGAAGGUGUGGCGGUCGCGGAUCCGGAUGCUCACGCGCUCCCCGCUGGAGCCCGGCCGCGUGCCCAGCGACCGGAAGGUGCUGCUCUACAGCUUCGGCGUGCACAUGCUGGGGUUCAUGGUGAUCCUGGGCGCGCGGUACGUGAGCGCGCUGGGGCGGCCGCUGCGGCAGGAGGACUCGUACAUGGACGCCCGCGGCAGGUCGCACGCGCUCCGGCAGUGGGCGGUGACGCUGGAGGAGUACGUCGGGCUGGCGCAAGACUUCUUCCUCCUCCCGCAGGUGGUCGGCAACGUGCUCUGGCGGAUCAGCUGCCGGCCGCUGAAGAAGAGCUACUACGUGAGCGUGACGGCGGUGCGGCUGCUGCCGCACCUCUACGACUACGUCAGGGCGGCGCCGGCCAUCAACCCCUACUUCGCGGAGGAGUACGAGUUCGUCAACACCAGCCUCGACUUCUACUCGGCGUUCGGCGACGUGGCCAUCCCGCUGCUCGCCGUCGCGCUCGCCGCCGCGGUCUACGUGCAGCAGCGCUGGAACUACAAGAUCAUCAGCAGGACCGUGAAGACGCAGCAGAAGAAGCUGCAGCACCUCGGCUCCAGGGUCUACGAGCGGCUGCCGUCCAUGUCGUCCGGCAACUUCGAGGCCGAGCUCGUCUCCGGCGUCAACGAGGCCGUUGGGCUCGUCGGGCCGCGCCGGGACGCCAGCCUCGGCUAGGUAACAGAUCGGACGGUUCUCUGUAGGUUGACAAUGUAUGUGCUUCUUCUUCUUUUUUUCUUCUAAAAAUCAAAUGUACUUCUAAAAGUUCAAUAAAGUUUCACACAUCUUUGAGCUUUA